GUAACGUUUACUUCUUUCACUCUCCUUAUUUACGGAAAAUGGAAGCACCAAAGACAAUGUCGCGACAAGACAUUCUUUGUCUAGGCCUGCUUGUAGCAUUGGUCUUCUCGCGGAUCGACUCCUCAGUAUGUACUCCUCCAUCAACUCAAGGAGAACUUCCCUACAUGACCUCAGAUGUAGAGGAAGUUUCGAGUAAAUCCUUUGAUUACAUUGUUGUGGGUGGAGGCACUGCAGGCUGCCCUCUUGCUGCAACUCUCUCUGAGAAAUUCUCAGUGCUACUAAUAGAACGAGGUGGUUCACCUUAUGGCAAUCCCUUGGUAUUAGAUAGAAAAUACUAUGGCUUCUCGUUGAUUCAAAUGGAUGAGUUUUCCUCAGUUGCACAUGAGUUCAUCUCCAAGGAUGGUGUGAGCAACUGCAGAGGACGAGUACUUGGAGGAUCCUCUGCCAUUAAUGGUGGGUUCUACGGCCGAGCCAGCAAGGAUUUUCUCAAUCGUGCUGGGUGGGACAAGGAGCUAGUUGAGGGAGCUUAUAAGUGGGUGGAAUCAAGGAUAGUCUUUACACCCGAAUUGACACCAUGGCAAUCUGUUGUUGAAUUUGGCCUUCUUGAAGCUGGAAUUUUACCUUAUAAUGGAUAUAGUUUGGAGCACAUUGAAGGAACAAAGAUAGGUGGAAGCAUAUUUGAUAUAUGGGGACAAAGACACACCUCUGCUGAUCUUCUAGGAGCAGGAAAUCCCAAGAACAUUACUGUUCUUUUGAAUGCAACAGUGAAGAACAUCAUCUUCCAUAGCAAUGGAAGCACAAAUGAGACUAGAGCCCGUGGCAUAAGUUUCAUCAAGAGUGAUGGCAGCACAGAUCAAACCUAUGAAGCUUACCUAAAUCAACCGAAGAAUUCAACUUCCUCAGGCGAUGUUAUUUUGUCAGCAGGCACAAUAGGCAGCCCCCAAAUCCUACUAUUAAGUGGAAUUGGACCCUGUAAACAACUAAAGAAGUUCAACAUCCCAGUUAUAUUGGAUCAAGAAGGGGUUGGAAAAGAGAUGAAAGACAAUCCCAGCAUUGCCAUUUUGGUGGACACUUCACCACAGAACCGCCAACCAGAGCCUCCUCAAGUGGCAGGCAUAGCAAAAGAUUUCAAAUUCAUAAUUGAAGGAGGAAUAAUCCCCAUCAGCUUCAACUCAACAAGGAUGCCAAUUGCUGCCAAAUUCGCAUUCCCGGUAUCCAAAGGAGAGCUCAAACUAAACAGCACAGACCCUCGGAAAAACCCUUCAGUGAAAUUCAACUAUCUAGCUAAAGAGGAGGACUUGGAGGAAUGCGUAAACAUGGUACAAUUGCUCGGGCGGGUAGCAGGGUCAGAAUCAGUUGCUAUGUUCCUAGGCAUUGAUCACCGUCAAAAUAACUUGGUCUCUAAUUCAGAUGAAAUAAGAAGAAUAUGCAAGGAAAAGGUAAGAACAUAUUAUCAUUAUCAUGGAGGUUGUGCAGUCGGAUCAGUAGUUGAUGAUGAAUACAGAGUUUAUGGGGUUAAGGGUUUAAGAGUAAUAGAUGGUUCAACAUUUAUAGAAUCUCCGGGAACAAAUCCAAUGGCUACCCUCCUGAUGCUAGGAAGAUAUCAAGGAGUCAAAUUACUGAGAGAAAGGGAAAAUUCUUACCCAAAUGAUUGAAAUCAAUAUGUAUACAUGAUCAAUAAAAUUUGGGUUCUCGAGAUGAAACUGUUUGCUGUUUUCUUUUCCAAUUUUUAGCAGGGGUUUAUACAAAUUGGCAAAUUGCAAAUCCCAUAUAUUUGUGUCCAGACUCGAGGAAAAAUAUAUAAUUCCAUUCCAA